AUGAAGUUCAACUCUGUUGCCGCUGCCACUGCGGCCGUCGUGCUCGCUGGAGUCGCUCACGCUGACGAGGCUGAGGCUUCGCCCGUUGCCGUUGAGCUUCCCACCUUCACUCCCACCGCCAUCAAGGCCGACUUCCUCGAACAAUUUACCGAUGAUUGGGAGAAGCGCUGGAAACCUUCCACCGCCAAGAAGGAUAUGAAGGGCGCCGACAAGGAGGAAGAGGAAUGGGCCUACGUCGGUCAGUGGGCUGUUGAGGAGCCUACCGUCUACAAGGGCACCGAGGGCGACAAUGGUCUCGUUGUCAAGAACCCUGCCGCCCACCACGCCAUCUCCGCCAAGUUCCCCAAGAAGAUUGACAACAAGGGCAAGACUCUCGUCGUCCAGUACGAGGUCAAACUUCAGAACGGCCUCGAAUGUGGUGGUGCCUACAUGAAGCUUCUGCGCGACAACAAGGCCCUCCACCAGGACGAGUUCAGCAAUGCUACUCCCUACGUCAUCAUGUUUGGUCCCGACAAGUGCGGCCACACCAACAAGGUGCACUUCAUCUUCAACCACAAGAACCCCAAGACUGGCGAGUACGAGGAGAAGCACCUCACCUCCCCCCCUACGGCCAAGAUUGUCAAGACAACGGAGCUCUACACUUUGAUUGUCAAUCCCAACAACACCUACGCCAUCCGACAGAACGGCGAGGAGGUCAAGUCUGGUUCUCUUCUCGAGGACUUUUCUCCUGCCGUUAACCCUCCCGCCGAGAUCGACGACGAGAAGGAUACCAAGCCUGAGGACUGGGUUGAUCAGGCUCGCAUUCCUGACCCCGAGGCCAAGAAGCCUGAGGACUGGGAUGAGGAGGCACCCUUCGAGAUUGUCGACGAGGAUGCUACCAAGCCUGAGGACUGGCUCGAUAAGGAGCCCCUCACCGUCGCUGACCCCGAAGCUCAGAAGCCCGAGGAUUGGGAUGAUGAGGAGGAUGGUGACUGGGUCGCCCCUACCGUUCCUAACCCCAAGUGCGCCGAUGUCUCUGGCUGUGGUCCUUGGGAGAAGCCCCUGAAGAAGAACCCCGACUACAAGGGCAAGUGGACCGCUCCCUACAUUGACAACCCCGACUACAAGGGACCUUGGGCUCCUCGCAAGAUCAAGAACCCUGCCUAUUUCGAGGACAAGACUCCCGCCAACUUUGAGCCCAUGGGAGCUAUUGGUUUCGAAAUCUGGACCAUGCAGAGUGACAUCCUCUUUGACAACAUCUACAUUGGUCACUCGGUAGCCGACGCCGAGAAGCUUGCUGCCGAGACAUUUGCUCCCAAGCACGCCGCCGAAAAGGCUCUGGCUGAAGCUGACAAGCCCAAGCCUGAGGACCCCAAGUCGCCCUCUGACCUCAAAUUCCUCGAUGACCCUGUCCUCUACGUCCGCGAAAAGGUUGAUCUGUUCCUUACCAUUGCUCAGCGCGACCCCAUCGAGGCCGUCCGAUUCGUCCCCGAGGUGGCUGCUGGUAUUGGCGCCAUUCUCGUCUCCUUCAUUGGUCUUGUCCUUGCCCUCAUUGGCUUCGGCAGCGGCGCCGCUCCCGCUCAGGGCAAGAAGGCUGAGAAGAGCAAGAAGGAGGAAGGCUCCAAGGCCACCACGACUGGUGCCGAUAAGGGCAAGGGUGAAGCUACUAAGCGUAAUACCCGUAGCCAGAACUAG